UUCGCAGGAGCAGUUAAGUCACAAACAAACGCAUUACGUAUUCGUAAUGGGGGACAGUACCUUGUAUUUUCCCCGGUAAGCGAAGAACAACUUGCAAAGAUCGAACGCCUACGCGACGCAAACUACAAACAACUCCAUUUCCUCUAUGUCAACCAAGCACAAACUUUGGUUGCUAAACUCAUGCUGAGUGGAAUUCAUGAGGUAGCGACAAGCGAGUUUGGCCGGAUGCUAUGGAAGAAGACAGCCAGUAUGGGUGACGACCUUGAUGAGGAUCUACUUGACAUGCGGGGCACACGGUACAAGGGGGUUUCGAGCAGUAAGGAAGCUGAUUCUGCUUUCAGACCCCAGUCAUCCCGUCCUCAUAAAACAAACUGGCCCACAGUGGUAGUUGAAUCUGGUGUGUCGGAAACACUAGAACGCUUGCGUGUUGAUGCCAAGUGGUGGCUUUAUAACUCCUCAGGGGAUGUCCGUAUUGUUCUACUGUUUUCCAUCAAGGAAGUAGGGCAAGAGAUUCUGAUAGAGCAAUGGGAACUUUGCCCUACC